GCGGAAGUGAGGCUUCCAGAAAGUGCGAGGGCGGUUGCGCAGGGAAGUGGGGAGGUGGUUGGUUGGAUGCUAUUUGGUUUACAUAACCCAAACGUUUACUGUGAUUUCUUGAAAAGGCCUCGCGUUGUAUACUCACGUAUUUAAAGCAUCCAACAUUAUUACUGCUGUAUAGCCCGAGUCAGAUAAGGUUGCAUAGUUUUCUAAGGUAGAGCUGGAAAAAGCCAAGUCGAGGUGCGCGGCAGCAGAAACACUCAUCUGCAUCUUUCCCGGACAGACAGUCUGUCGACUGCGGUGCUGCUGUACGUGACUGAGGGAGCCCUGCCCUGCUCUCUCAUUGCAGACGGGAUUUGCAAACACUGUAGCCAGGGGGGUAUUCCAGAAAGCAAGUUUAACUUACCGUCACAUAUACCCUGAACUCUCGGCUGAUUAACCCAGACCUUGCUUACUUGAGAGAAUGAGCGCGGAGGAGAAUCCCGCUGCCGAACCUGCGCCUGUGAUCGACGUGCAGGGAGACGGACGCUGGAUGUCACAGCAUAACCGGUUUGUGCAGGAGUGCAAGGAUGCAGAGCCUGAUGUUCUGUUUGUGGGGGACUCAAUGGUGCAGCUUAUGCAACAGUAUGAGGUGUGGAGGGAAGUGUUCUCACCUCUCCAUGCUCUGAACUUUGGGAUUGGUGGAGACACAACCUGUAAUGUGCUGUGGAGACUACAGAAUGGAGAACUGGAGAACAUCCGACCCAGGGUGGUGGUUUUAUGGGUAGGAACCAAUAAUCAUGAGCACACUGCGGACCAAGUUGCAGGAGGAAUACUGGCCAUUGCACAGUUAGUUCUGUCUCGCCUCCCCAGGUCCAAAAUUAUUGUUUUGGGCCUGUUGCCAAGGGGAGAGUUUCCUAACCCCCUGAGAGAGAAAAAUGCAGCAGUGAAUAAUCUACUUCGCGCAUCUCUACCUCAACUCGGCCCCGUUCAAUUUAUUGAUGUGGGAGGUAGUUUUGUCCACUCAGAUGGGGCUAUUUCCUCUCGAGACAUGUUCGACUUCCUACAUCUGACCGCCAGUGCAUACAGGACCAUAUCAACGACUCUUCAUGAGCUGCUGCUUCAAAUGUUGGAGGAAAUGCCUCAGGAGAGGCGGGCCUCGCUGGUCUAGGAAGGGGCACUGCAUUGGUCAAUCACUGAAGAGGCAGGGUUAAGAAUUGUUUGCUAUUCAGAAUGUACCUAAACUACUUUAUUUAGCAAGACAAAGACAAGUACAAAAAGAACGGCAAAAUAAAAGGUGAUGUAGGACAGUGGCCAAUUUUAUAUGAUCAGUAGAUUAUGUGUAUAUGUAUCUAAGAUGCAUAAUAGACCACAGUAUAUGAAAGAAGACGAGAUAAGAAAUAUUUGUGACAAGAAAUAGUUUUUCUUAGGACUGUUGCUUUGCGGUGGGACCAGAAUCUCUGCAAAAUCCCAUUGUCACAGUCUGAACAACCUUUAAUAGUAGCACUUAAUCUGCCAUCUAAUCCGUGCCUUCAUACAUGCACUCGGUCAAACAGUGGUGUUAUGAUGACGGCAACAUGAUUCAUUUCAUACAAGAGAAACCAUGCCUUCGAAAUAUGUAUGUCUUGCUCCCAUUUUAAGAUCUUUGGCACAGAGGCAUCUGAAACCUCCUUUUUCUCUUUUGCCAUUUCAUAUUCCCAAUAACACACCUAUGGUAUAUUAGAGGAAGACUGGACACCAUGUCAUACCUUGUGUUUGUGAGUUUGAGUUUGAGAAAGCUCCUCUUCUUAAGCAUCUAAUGCAAAACCAUGAGAUUUUCAGUGUUAAUAUUUAUCACACUUGCAUCCAAGUUUUUGUGUAUGUGUCCAUGUGCUCUGUAAAGUAUUAUGUGGAGAGUUAAGUGUGUGUAUGGGAGAGCCAGUGGGCAAAAAGUGAUAUAUAAAGUUGGGUGUGUGUGUGUGUGUGUGUGUAUAGAAUCUGUUAGUAUUAAUGUACUCUGUGCAAAGUGCUUACUGGUGCUGGUGUAUGUGACUGUUUUUGUGUUCGAGUGUAAGAGAUCAACCAUAACUAUUUGUAUGGCCCACAAUGCGUGCACUGUUACUGCGGCACAACUGCCACAUGCUUCAGAUCCAAGCAUUCCAAUAAAUCAGCAGAGAUCGAACCUUGUGUGUACACUGUAUUUCA